UUAUUUGAAAUAUAUAAGCGUGUCUCGAUUUGAAUCCGGAUCUAGCGCCUUCGAUUCACCCCUUCAAACACCCCAAACCCUAUCUUUCAUUCUCUGUCUCUCAUUCAUAUUCCAACACACACCGCAAUGAGGAAAGGAGCCAAGAGAAAGACGAAGCACGCCGAAGAUUCCAAACCAGAUUCCGAACUUGCUACAGCAACAGAUUCGUCACAAGAAAACCAAAACAAAACCACCAAACCACCUCCCAAAGCUAAGCGCCUCAAAACCUCAAAACCUCAAUCCGAACCUGAAUACUUCGAAGAUAAGCGUAACUUGGAAGAUUUGUGGAGGGAAACGUUUCCUGUUGGGACUGAGUGGGACCAAUUGGAUUCUGUGUAUCAAAUCAAGUGGAAUUUCUCUAAUCUAGAAGAUGCAUUUGAAGAGGGUGGUUUGCUGUAUGGGAAGAAGGUUUACCUCUUUGGUUGCACCGAGCCCCAACUGGUCUUCUAUAAUGGUGAAAGCAAAGUUGUCUGCAUACCUGUUGUUGUAGCAGUUGUAUCACCUUUUCCACCAUCUGAUAAAAUUGGUAUUAACUCAGUUCAGAGAGAGGCUGAAGAGAUAAUUCCCAUGAAGCAAAUGAAAAUGGACUGGGUUCCAUACAUUCCUCUGGAGGACCGAGAUAGCCAAGUUGAUAGACUGAGGUCUCAAAUUUUCAUCUUGCGCUGCACCCAAAGAAGGUCUGCUUUAAAACACCUGAAGUUGGAUAGAUUGAAGAAAUACGAGUACUGCUUGCCUUAUUUCUAUCAGCCAUUUAAGGAAGAUGAGUUUGAACAGAGCACUGAGGUUCCAAUAAUAUAUCCAAUUGAGCCAAAGCCGGUCUUCUGUGAAUUUGAUUGGGAAUUAGAUGAACUCGAGGAGUUUACUGAUAAACUUAUAGAGGCAGAAGAGUUACCAGAAGACCAAAAGGAUGCCUUCAAGGAAUUUGUCAAGGAAAAGGUUCGUGAAGCAAAGAAAGCCAACAGAGAGGCAAGGGAAGCGCGGAAAAAAGCCAUUGCAGAAAUGAGUGCGGAAACUAAAGCUGCAUUUGAUACUAUGAGAUUUUAUAAGUUCUAUCCUGUUCCAUCCCCAGAAGCACCUGAUGUGUCAAAUGUUAAGUCUCCAUUCAUAAACAGGUAUUACGGAAAGGCUCAUGAGGUUCUGUGAUUGGCUUCUUGACAAUUAUGGCAAUUUUCCUGGCUGGUUAUAUUGUUUUUUACAAAGUUCACGAGGCAACCUCUUGGUGCACCAUCAAUUUUUUUAUACCAAUGUAAUUGUCUAAAGUGACACAAUGUAAAAUUGUAGCUCCAAAAUCCUAGAUAAGUGAACUAGGUAGUGAGAGUAAUUGAGACAUGUUUCUGGCUUCUAUGUUGUAGAGAAUUCCUGAGCUCAUUGAGCUGCAAUUCGCAUCGCUCUUAACUUGGGUUUCUUUUAGAGUAUUAUUUUUUCCUUCAAAUUAGAGAUGUACGACAGUUUUGAUUUAGAUCUAUGAGAAAAUAAAUUAUUGGUUUUUUUGCUUC